ACUUUAUUUUCUGAAAAAUGUUCACCUCGAGGAGCGAGUAUGACCGCGGUGUCAACACCUUUUCGCCGGAAGGUCGCCUGUUUCAGGUGGAAUACGCCCUAGGGGCCAUGAAAUUGGGAAGUACAGCCCUUGCCAUCGCCACUAAAGAAGGAGUUAUAUUCGCUUCGGAACGUAGGUCCACAUCUCAGCUCCUGGAGUUUGUCUCGCUCGAGAAAAUUAUGGAAAUCGAUGAUCACGUCGCCUGCACAAUGAGUGGACUUAUUGCAGACGCCAAAACACUCGUGGAUCACGCAAGAUCAGAGUGUGUCAAUCACACAUUUGUCUACAAUGAGAAAAUGCCCAUCAAGUCAUGUGUGGAAGCAAUAGCCGAUAUUGCCCUCGAGUUUUCAGAUGUAUUCGAUAGUAAAAAGAAAAAGACAAUGAGUAGACCAUUUGGAGUGGCCUUGCUUGUAGGUGGCGUAGAUGCUGAAGGCCCAGUUGUAUGGUGUGUAGAUCCAUCGGGAACGAUUAUAAAGUACAAGGCUGCAGCCAUAGGAUCCGCACAAGAGGGUGCAGAAGCAAUUUUACUGCAAAGAUAUCAUGACGAUAUGUCUCUUCAAGAGGCCGAAAUAUUGGUUUUAGAGAUACUUCGUCAAGUUAUGGAGGACACCAUGACUGUGAAGAACAUUGAAAUGGCGAGAAUCACUGUAGAUGAUGUGAAAUAUCGCGAAUAUGAUGAACAGACACUAGAGCAGAUUAUUGCAAAGCUCCCAGCACGUGAAGCUGUAGAAAUGGAAUGACCAUUUAACACAUAAGUACGUACA